AUGGGGGCGACUGUUUGCGGGCGCCUCUGCGGUCUCCUCCGCCCGGACCCGGAGGCGCAGCAGCUGCGUCAGGCCCCGACGACGCAGAUGAAGAGGCUUGAAGCAUCGCAGCCGAGCCCUUCCCGCGCAGGUGAGAAAUGCCCACACUGUGACGGCUGGGGCUACGCCCAUCCACAGGAAGCAGACGGCAUCCUCGUUGAUCUCGAGGAGCAUGGGAGGUGCGCCGAGUGUGCGGACUGCGAGGCCUGCAGCGGUACCGGCCUGGUCCUCGCUCGCCAGAGCAUGGGCCGCAGGAGAACCGCAACGGCCAAAGGCCUGCCAGGCGUUGAAGCACUGAGGGCUCUGCAGUGA